AUGUGUUGUUUCCAGGUAUUGAUCUUCCACGAAAGAGAAGGACGUACAUUGAAAAGGCGAGAACAGUGGGAAGACACCAGAUUUAAUAGUUAUAAUAACGAAGAUAUAAUAAUCACCAUGCAGUCAAUAUCCAGUUAUAGAAAAGACGUGUUAACGUUUAUGCCAUUAACGUGUACAUGGGCUCGAGAACUGAUGGAGAAUGUGGAGAAAACUUGUCUUUCAAAGGGUCCACUUAGGGGUUGGAUUCCCAUGAAAAUGCAUAUAGUUGACAACCCUGAUCUUGAAGAAGCAUUUGAAGAUAGAAAAGCAGCUCUUCGAAAAAUGGGAAGAACUGACGAAGAGUUGAAAGAGGAGUUCGGUUUUUUAGCUGAGUCAUGGAGAUCUGUUGUGAGCAUGUGUAAAUAUGGUGUCCGAUGCUCAGAGAAAAAGACAAAUAUAUUGGGUGACACGCGUGCUGGUCUUCACUUGAACAGAAACUACGAUAUGCUCCUUCGAUUUAUGACUUUCAGGAACUUCAUAACUGCCAGAUGCAUUGUCGUACUGAGGGUGAUUCCAGGGAGAGUAAAAAAGGUUAUGCCUAGGUUUAAAGGGAGAACACUCAUGCAUCCGUCAAAACACUACGAUUCACACACAUCGAUGAUACAACCUGAUCCAAACAUAACUAUAUGUGAAGGACUUGCACAUAAUUUUAUUUAUAUUUACCAACUGGAUGAGAAGUCAAAGCUUCCUCUGAUGCAUCCUCGUCAAGCUGUACCGUAUGCAGUUAUACAAUUGAGGCAGCCAUAUCGUGUAACAGUAAAUCGUCCAUUCCUAUCAUUCCGUGAUAGAUUUCUUGCGCAGAUGAAACACAAGGACACAUCAAAUGGUUACAAGAGUUAUAGAACUUAUAUAAAAAGACGUCAUUUAAAAGGGACUGAAAGGAAAAGAAGCAGAAGUCGGAGUCGUAAAAGUGAUGAACGUAACAGGAAAAAUGAACACUCUGAUAAUUCACAGGAAACUGACAAUUCUACUAAAAGAAGAACACGAAGAAAUGAAAUGCCUAAGCUUAAGCCCGUAAGAAAACGAUCAGAAACACCAACGAAACGAUCUUCCUCUGAGAAAGAUCAACCUGCAAAUGCUGAAACCGAUAAAUCUUGUAUUAAAACAAAACUUCAGAAAAUCGAGGAAGAGAUAAAACUACGUCAGUCAAAAUUGACAGAGUUACGACAUAUCAAAUCAAAUCAUGACAUGGAGAAAAAUGAAAACGAUGCUGUUAAAGAAGAGUUAACAACGACUGAUAGUUAUUCGUCUUCCUUGACAGAAUCAACUGGUUGUGAUGUAGAAUUUGCACCCAAAAUCAGUUGUGUUUAUUCUACAUCUAGCAUCGACAAUAUUGACAUGAUCGAUCCUGCCAUAAUUAGGUAUAGGGAAUUAAGUAGUGGUGCUUCAACACCUACAUUAGAUGAACCUGGGGACCAAGGAGCUACGCAAUCUGGGAAUGUUGCUAUCGGAAAAGAUUCAGAUAUGACAGACAAUACAGAUCAACAAAAACAAAUUGCCUGUUCUGUAACUGCUGAGUCUGAUGUAAACACACAGAGAGAAAACUUUGACACUUGUAAAACCACAAUUGAUGCAACAAAUGACAAAUGUGAUGGCAAAAAUGAAUCUAAAACCCACAAUAGGGAGGAAACAGAUAAUACAUUAAAAACAGAAAAGACAAUCGUAAAGGAUGAGCAUGAAGUGGAAAGUUCAAAACAGGAUGAUAGUAAUAACGUUGAGGAAUGUGUUAAACAUGGAAGUGAAGAACCAAUUGAAGGUUCGUCAACUGAUAAAAACUUUGACAUUAAAACAUUAUUCAGAGAAGCAAUUUACAAAAUGGAUCCCUCUGAUUUGUACGAACUCUUAACAGAAAAAUUAGCUGGUGGUGAAGAAGAACAUUCAGAUGAAGGAUUACAACAACAAAAUACAACAGAAAGUAACAAUAAAGUUGAAAAUGAACACAGUGGUGAUGUUGUUGGUCUGGACUUAUCAUGUAAGUCUAAAUGUAAUGUCCAAGACAACAAAGUAGAUGUGAAAGAAAAUGCUGCAGACGAUAACAGUUGUAAUACAAAUUUUGAAAGUAAAACACCUGAAACAAAGGAAUCACACAUGUCUUGUGCUGUCAGUGCUGUAGAAGAUCAUAGUUAUUCUGCAUCAAAGGAGUCUUGCAUUGCAGGUUUGGACAAUCUUGAUAUAUUAGCAAGAGUAGCAUCAGAGUUGCAAGCGGCUAAAGUAGUAGAUUGUAAAACUAAAACUAAAAGUAAAGCGAUAACAUCAGCCAUUAACAUCUUGAAUGAAAACAAACAGGAGCAGGAAUACAUCUUCGACGCAGAAAAAUUCAACCCGAAUCUAAAGGGAGAACCUGUUGUUUCUUUAAGAAAGAUAGAUUAUAGUAAAACACAUGACAUCAAGCAACACGUAAAAGAAAAUGAAAAGAAAGCUUGUGGUAUUUCUUCCUCCAUAAAGGAGAAUUCAUUUUUAAGGGUGAAAAUUGAACCAAUUGAAAAUGAAACUGUUUGCCUCGAAACUGGUCGUAGUAAUUCCAAAACAAAUCAGGCUACAAAUAAACGAAAAAAUGAUAAGAAAUUGAGCGGAUUAGAAAAAGAAUUGUCCUCUCUCAUGUCUUCAAAUAUAUCCCCAGUUAUAGCUUCUACUAAACGCAAAACAGCUAAUUCGGUAGCAGCUGCCUUUGCUGCUUCAGAGCAACCUCCUUUACAAACAAAAAACAUAAAUGUAAAGACCGCCAAACAUCACAAAAUGAUUAAACAGGACGACACAAAAACAAAGGAAGAAAAUGAACCUUCCACAAAAUCCCCGAAAGAAUCAAAUAGCCAACCCGCAUCAACUCAUGAUAAGAUCUCAGGAAACCAAGAGCCAAAGUUUACCUGCCGAGAAAAUCUUUUCGAAAAGUUUGCAUCUUCUGAUGCAAUAGAAAAAAGUUUUGAUAAGGAAACGGAUGCUCAUAAUGAAUUGUCUCCAACAAAGGUACAAAACACAAAUGUUGAAACACAAGAAAAGACAUCACAAGAAAUCGCAAAGACAGUUAUUAAGCAAGAGCCAGGUGUGUCUGAUGUCUUAUCAUCAAAAUCACUAUCUUCAACGUCUGUUGCUAAAGUAUCGUCCGACAAAGCAAAGGGAAGUCAUAAACCUGAUGAUCAUCUUUUGAUAAAAAAAUUAAUGUCACCAACUUCUGAUUUAGAUGAAUCUAUUAUUGAUCUUAUGAAUAAACAAGUAACUGAGAGUAUGAUGCAGUCAGACUUGUUUCUGAAUGGACUAGCUGUGAAUGUGAAGCAAGAACCGAUUAGUCCAAAACAGGAAUUUAGUUCAGAUGAACACAAGUCAGUUUCAAAAAUUGAAAGCUGUAACACCAAUAAACUAUCAGAUGAAUCAAGAAAGCAUGACAAAAGCAAAACAACAGAAGUAGAUCUGCCUCAAUCUAUUGUAGUUAUUAAGAAAGAGCCACUAAGCCCUGUUGCAGAAUCGUUUUCUGAAAAUGAUAAAAAUACGGAGGAAAAUCAACAAAAAAGUCAGAAUACAGACUCCAAUGUUUUUAAGCAAUCAGAAAAUCUGCCAAUAACAACAGUAGAAUCAAAGGAAAUCACUACCGAAAUCGAUAAAACACUUAAAGACCUGGAACAAGUUAUAGGUUUAUUUUCAAAUAGGGUACGAAGCAACUCAGGAGAUGCGGACAAAGAUAAUUUUUCAUCAGAUAAAAUUGGUGAAAAGGCAGUGAAGUCUAGUGAAAAAGAUUUAAAAAUGAAAAAGUUAAAAACUCUUUCGGACAGUACACCAGAUGAUACCAGCGGGGAAUGUAUAAAGGAAAGUUUUGAAAAGGGUACAGACCACCACAUCAAUGGUAAACAGAGUGAACUUAAAUCUACCGACUUACCCGAAGCGUAUGCUACGGCCAAUACUGGUGACAAAACUAUGGCGGAAUACAUGCCUAUUGAGGUUAUAACUGGAAAUUUCCCGCCAAAGAAAUCUUCUGCAAAUAGCAAAACUUCAAAUUCAAUAACAUUGACUGAGACGGAAACUACAAAUAAUAAAUCUGCAAACAGUUUAUCGAAAACAGCUGAAUCAUCUUCACAAAGGUCUCCAGUUUCAUUGACUAAUCAGAAUAUUGAUAAAAUACAAAAUAAACAUUUGUCAAAAAAGCAAAGCAGCAAAACUGAUGACACAUCAAGGGCUACACGUGUUCUCAAUGCAGUGUAUAAUGAACUUACUUCGACUGAAGCCUCAGGUGUCGUCAAACGGAUCAAAAAGGAACCAGUUACAGAAGAUGAAUAUUAUGGUAUCACUUCGCAAAAUCUCAUAGCACCAACAAAAAAGAAAACUGGUAAAUUUAAGUCGACUGUGACUGAAAAGCAAGUUAAAAGAAAAAUAUCAGAAUCGACAUACAGUUCAGAUUCAUCUCCUUAUAGGGAUUCAUCAAAAGUACACAAUCAAAAUCGGACUCACAAACAUAGAGCACCAACAAGGAGUGAGAAAGGUAAUGAUACUAGUAAUAAAUACACAACCCCGGGCUCAAAUCAAUUGCAAGCAAUACGAACUCAUUAUUCAGCAUCGACAAAUAAUGAUAACCAAGAUAAUAAGAAAGCACUUCAUUUGAACAGUACUGAUCGAUCAUCAAAGUCAAAAAUACGUGAACGCAGAUCUAAGUCUAGAAGCUCUGAAAGUAGCUGUUCAUCUUCCACUAACAGUCCAGUGGGAAACUUCAGGACAUCAGUUUCUAAAAACUAUUCAAAUUAUUCACGUUAUAAUGCAAACAGUCCCAAACAAUUUCAGUCAAUUGAUAACAGAACCUGGUUUGUCAAAAGCAAAUGGGAUAAUACAGAAGGUAAACGGCCAAACAACUCUACCAACAAUCAGUAUAGCUUUGGUUCACAAUCUAGGAAAAGCUAUGACAACAACGCUAGGUUGAACAUUAACCCUUCUAGGAAUAGCCAACCACAGUAUCGUCUAGGAAAUCAGUCAUACAAUACACCAAACUCGACCAAUCAAAAUCAAAGAAAAGGUUACAUCGGUGGACGUAUACAAAAUCAAAAUACGUUCUAUUCUUCCAGUCAUAAUAAUCAGGUAAAGGCAGCAAAUUUCAACUCGACAUCGUAUGGUUCAUCUUUUAGUAAUAGUCAGAAUGAGAUAAACGAUAGGAGCAAGCACUUGAAUGCUUAUCCUAGGGUGUCUAUUAAACGAGAAAGAAGUAAUUCAAUAGAUAGAAGUGAAACAUCAGAGUAUAAAAGACUCCGAAGUGUUUCUCCCGAUCAUGACAAAAGAUACGACAGGAAAAGACAGAGAAGUGAUUCACGCGACAGAACAUUGUUAUCUACGUACAAAAAGUAUAAAACUGACGACCGUGACCGGAAAUCAUUUUUCAGAAAAAGUAGAAUUCGUAGUAGGUCACGCGACAGAGAUAGUAGUAGUUCUAGUGAUCGUAGUUUGCCCUCGAAGAAUCGGGUAACUUCUUAUCGCAGUGCCUCACCAAAGAAUAGGACAAGCUCUAAUCGUAGUUUGUCACCUAAGAACAGAGCAAAUUCGUAUCUUACCACCCUGUCCCCAAAAGACCGUUUAAAUUCUUAUCAACAUGCUAACAAUGCAAGGUAUGAUUCAUAUCGCCAAACAUCUCCAAAGCGUCACACAAGUGGUCUGAUCAGUGAUGUUAGUUGUCGUGAAUAUCCCUCAAGCACGUCAGGUAGUAAGGAACCCAAAGAAUCAGAUAUCAAUAAUACAUUAUCAAAGGCAAUGUCGACUUUGUUGAAGAAGAUAAUUUUUGAUGAUAAAAGUAAUGAUAACAGCAAAGAGGGCAGAAUGGCAGAAAUGGUUCUAGACAUGGUAAAAGCGCGAGUGACUGAAGACAAAAUUAAUCCUGGUGACAAACUUGGUAAUCACACACAGGCAAUAUUACAAGAACCACAUAAAUCUGUAAACGAAGCAAAAAGAACAUAUUCUAGUAAUACAAAUACCUCAACAAGAACACAAGGAGAAUCUACCUUUGAACGACCUAAGACUACAAGAUUUUCGUCGGUAAACAGACCGACAUACAGUAUGGUAAACAAACCUGCCUACAACAAUUACAACCGAUCAACUUACAGUUCAACAUACAACAAUCAGUAUAAAACAAGAUAUAAUCCAAGCAUGAGAUCACGUGGUUUCUCUAGUAAAAGAGGAUUCAUUUCUUCUUCAAGGCCUUGGUCAAAUACAACAUCAAAUUUUAAUAGCAGACCUUUUGAUUCAAGGUCAAAUUUUAGAGGCAGAGGAUUUAAUAGGCCUAUACAUCGGGGUACCUACCAAAAUGUGUCAUCGCGGGGUAGUUCAAAAUUUACAGAAAAGGAAAGUAGGUCUAAAGACCGAAAGGAUAAUCUUUCUAGAGACGUCAAGACUGAUCGUUCUAGAAAUAGGAAAGACUUCCAUUCUAGAGACAGUCGAUCGACUUCAAAGUAGA